AUGGAAGCUCAGCUGCGUCAGAAGUACUUCAUUGCUGAGGAGAAGCUGAUUGCCAAAGCCUGCUGCCCAAAGCACCCCAAUGGGAAGACUGUUGGCAUUUCUGGAGCUGAUCAUGAUGAAAUCAAGCAGCAAAUCCCCAGUGUUGAGGCUUGGCUAGGCAGGAAGUAUAGGAGGGACCUUGGCCAGGCCAGACCUGAG